AUGAUAAACGGACUUAUAAUCAAAGGGAAGCAGUCUGUAGCUGUGGGUGAGAAGGUGGAGUUCACUGUAACACUGGCAGCUGGUACAGAUCCUCAAAUUGCACUCAACAUAAAUGACAACAUUAUAAAUAUGCAACCCAACCAAACGCACACACACAUCUUCACAAAAGUGGACUCGUACAUGGUUACGGCAACAGCUUACAACCAGGUCAGUCCAAAGUGGAAGUACAAUCUCCAUGUCAAUGUGAUGGAGCGGGUGCGAGGCCUGUCCAUAGUGGAUUGUUGUCCCACGGCGAUCCCAGUUGGAGUAAUUAAGCCUUUUGCUGCCAACAUUCUGACAGGCAGUGAUGUUAGUUUCCUGUGGACCUUGCGUCUGCAACAUUUACACCCAUUGUCAUUCAUUAGCAAAGAGGUGUCCUAUGUGCCAGCGGAGCCAGGCAUGCUAAACAUUUAUUUGAAGGCCUUUAACAACCUCGGUGAAGUUUUCAUCAUCAAGAACAUCCUGGUGCAGAACCGCCUCAGUGAUGUGGCCUUGUAUGCAGCGCCCCGGGACACUUUCAUCAACAAGACUGUAACUCUGAUGGCCUCCAUCACACCCAAACACACUCCUGUGCACUGUCUCUGGCAUCUGGGAGACGGAUCAGCUGCUGUUCAAGCAGGCACUACUGUUGGCUACAUUUACAAGCAGCCUGGUCAUUAUCUGGUUAAAGUGAACUGUAGUAAUCAGGUGAGCUGGGUGUUUGGUCAGGUGGAGGUAAAUAUCACAGUGUUGGAGUGUGAAGAGCCAGAGGUGCAGGUGGUGCAGGCUCCGCGUCUUUCUAUCUGGCGUGCUCAGCCCACUCUGGUUGAAGCCAAUGUAGAUUUAAAAGGUUGUGUUCGAUACGGGGAACAGUACCUCUGGCAAAUUCUUGCUGCUCCCUCUUGUGAUAAUGGCAAUGAUGAGCAGGGAAUGUCUGAGCCUUCACUGCUUGUCCCAGUGAUCUAUCUCCCAGAAGUGGACAACCGGCGACUUCAGCUCUCACUUCCCAAGAUGUCCCUCCCUGCAGGGAUUUACUCUCUAGUCUUCUCUCUGUCGUACAAAGGCGUACCUCUCAGAAAAGCAGCCUGUCUGCAGCUCAGUGUCAUGGCGGCCAGGUUGAUGCCUAUCAUCGAGGGCGGCACCUACAGAGUAUGGUCUCGCAGCCAGGACCUGCAGCUCAGUGCAGAGCAGUCUUAUGAUCCCAACAUGGACCCAGAAAAGCAGUCACUGCUUCACUACCAUUGGGAAUGCAUAGGCACUUCACAGGGGCCGGACCAUUGCUCCACUCUGAAUUUUGGAUUGGGAUCCAGCGGCCCUGUGCUGGGCAUUCCAGGUGUUGAGCUUGAGGCUGGGGUUGAAUAUACCUUCAGAUUGACAAUCAGCAAAGAUGGCUUGGCUCCAGAGUCUAUCACACAGACUGUGAUGGUGCAGAGCGGCCACAUUCCCAUGGUGUAUCUGGAAUGUGUCUCUUGUAAAGCUCAGUCCUUUUAUGAGGUCAGCCAAAACUCGUAUGUGUACUUGAAGGGAACCUGCACCAACUGCGAGGGCUUUCACCGUGGGCGGUGGACGGCCGUGACGUCACAGAACUACACUCUGGUGCUGGACUCCUCCUCAACCACAACAGGAAGUGAUGGCAUGCACCUAGUCCUGAGGCAGGGCGUCCUGCGCGAAGGAAACUCCUACAACUUCACUCUGCACGUCACAGACUCGGGCCUGGACGGAGAGGGCGCUGCAUCCAUCACGCUCAUAAGAAACAUGGCCCCUACUGGGGGGGUGUGUCACCUGAGAGCUGGUGGUGAGGCAGGAUUGGACUACAGCGUUGAAGACACUGAGAUCUGGAGAAUACAAACACUCAUGGACCGAGUUCACUUUAACUGCUCAGGCUUUAGUGAUCUGGGGGUCUCAGAGACACCGUUACUCUACAGUGUGUUGGUGACUCGGUGCAAGGAGGACUACUGUGAGGACUUCUGUGUCUACAGAGGCAGCAGUCCUGAACACUCAGCUUUCCUCCCACCAGGGUUCAGCAUGGCCCGACAUCGAGUGGCUGUAUCCAUCACAGUGGAAGACCACCAAGGAGCGACUAAUAAUGCACUCAAUAAAUCUCUUGAAGUGGGUCUUCCAGAUCACCCACGUCAGUAUAGUGGCCUUCCACACUGGCUGUCUGACCUAACAGAUACAAAACUGAAAAAGCUACUGGAGCAGGGAGACUCUCAGAGGGUCAGAGAGCUGUCUUUGGCUCUCAUCACCGUUCUAAAUGAGUAUGAGCAUAAGAGACAGCGGUGGUCCCAGGCAGAGCAUUCAUAUCGAGUUCGAGUCCGCAGCAACAUAACUAGAGCUUUGACAUCUCUUGACCUAACCACCGUUAACGACAUCCAACAGACAUCAGCAGCUUUAGCACAGUGCACGGCCGUGAGCCGGGAGUUCAUUUGUGAGGAGUGUCAGAAUAGUACACUCAACAAACUGGAGUCGAUGCUGAAGAUUCUGCAGACGGAUACGAAGCAAGGCACUGUGACCCCGACCGAGAUCGCAGACAACAUCCUCAACAUCAUGGGCGAUCUCAUUCAUCAGGUCAGCCAGUCCGCCUCCCAGUUGUAUAUGGCCCCUGCCUACGUGGAUGCCCCUCCACAACCUUCCAACCCCACAGUCACCCCUCCCGAUGAGGACAAGGGUAAUUCCAUUCCGGACCCCCUCUCCGUGGAUCCACACCCCCUGAGGGUGGCUGCUAAGGCCUACAGUCUGUCCUCGGUGCUGAUGCUGAUCCUGAUGCAUGCCCGGGUGCUUAAUGAGGAGCCUCUCAUUAUAAGAGGGGCAGAGAUCGCUGCGACCGGGAAACUGGCGGACCCCCAGAGCCUCUUGUGCUACCAGGGCAACAGCAGUCCAGAAUGCCAGCGGUUCUCCAUCCCCAGAGCCUUCAAUAAAAGUCUUUGCAAAGCUGCAGCAGGAAACAGCAUCAUGCAGCUGCUGUUUCAGGUGGACUCCAAUCCCUUUCCUUUCAACUAUGUCCCAAAUUACACUGUGUCAACUGAGGUGGCAUCCAUGGAGUUUCGGACAGAGAACGGCACACAGAUCCCGAUAUCCGGCCUGGACGAUAGCUUAGCCAUAACUGUUGCUGUUAAUAAUGGCAGCAGUGUGAGUGAAACUGGCUCUUUCGGCUCGUCUGCCCCAGGACUUCCCUCUGCUGGGACCGUCAACAUCAGCCAUUGUGAAUCUGUCAUAGUCAAAGUCAACGCAAGAAACACCAACCGGCAAGCAGGACUUUUUGUGCAGCUCAAUUUCACGUCUUUAGAAGACACCAGGCGCAAUGAUGGGGACACAGAUGAUGACGGAGCAUACAUCACAGCCUACCUUCAUUCACAUGACACACCCAAUGAGUUCAUCUACACAGACACAAAACAAAUCUUUCUCAAUAUGACAAGAGGACAGGACCUCGACCAUAAGAGGUUUACAUUCUUCCUCUCCCCUGAAUCCUAUGAUACAACUCUAGAGUACUUCAUCAACGUGAGUGCGCCAUGCAGUUCCCACAGCCGGCCAGUUGGGGUGCGUCUGGAGGUGGGGGUGUUUGCAUCCCUGUGCCAGUACUUCAGUGAGAGUGAUAAGCAGUGGAGGACAGACGGCAUGGUGCCCCUGGCUGAGACUAACGCCUCCAGAGCUGUGUGCCGCACCAGGCACCUCACGUCCUUCGCUGCAGGCCUCUUUGUCCCGCCCAACGCCGUCAGCUUCAAACUUCCAGAGCGAUAUGGAGCUCCGAGCCUUGUGGUGCUGCUGGUGUGUGUGCUGGGGUUGUUGAGUUACGUCGUAGCAGCUGCCAUUCUACAUAAACUGGACCAGAUCGAUCUCCGGCGCGCUGGUGUGGUCCCCCUCUGUGGUCCAGAGGGGCUCUUCAAGUACGAGGUUCAGGUCAAGACCGGCUGGAGCCACGGAGCGGGCACCACUGCUCACGUCGGCAUCAGCUUGUUUGGACGAGAGAGCCGCAGUGGUCAUCGUCACCUGGACAGCCGGGGCGCCUUCACACGAAACACGCUCGACAUCUUCCACAUCGCCACUGACACGAGCCUGGGCAGUGUGUGGAAAAUACGAAUUUGGCAUGACAACAAAGGUCUGUCUCCGGCAUGGCUGCUGCAGUACGUCCUGGUUAAAGAUCUACAAACAGGGAGCAGUUUUUACUUCUUGGUUGAUGAUUGGCUCUCUGUGGACAAUGAGAAAACAGGAAGAAAUGUGGAGAUUGAGGUUGAGGCCUCAGAUGAUGCAGCGCUACGUCAGUUUCCUCGGCUCCUGCGCGUUGAGCUGGAGAGAGCUGUGUGCGAAAGCCACCUGUGGUUGUCGCUGUGGGAACGGCCCCUUCGCAGUCCCUUCACCCGCCUACAGAGGGCGACCUGCUGUGCUGUGCUGCUGCAGCUCAUUCUUAUGGCAAACACUCUGUGGUACAGCAUCGUAGUGGACAAACGGAUCAGCCCGCGGGCCGUGUCCACAGUGGCCUCUCUGAACGGCGAGACGGUGGCAGCAGGUGUUGUGGCCUGCCUGGUCGUCUAUCCGCUCUAUCUACUGGUGUUCACGCUGUUCAGAAUGAGCCGCAGCAAGUGUGUGACUGUGGAGCAGGUGCCGCCGCAGAUCGACCAAGAGUCUGUGGAGAUCGACGACUUUCUUGAUAACUCUAUGGCUGGAAGCUCAUUUCUCUUUUUCAGUGGCGAGACCAACUCUGAAGAAACAAAUGUUGAUUUACCAACCCCCUCAACCAAAAGUGAUGAGAGCUGGGACAUGGGGGAGGAGGACAUGGAGGACUGCGACUGGCCGGAGCUCACAAGUGAAGCGUCAGCUGUGGGCGGGGCGGGCCACGGAGCCGGACUGCCCAGACUGAAGAGAGGUCAGGGCAGCAGACACUUAGGAGUGGACAUCGCCUUCAACCCCGACAAUGAAGAUGGACAGCACAACAAAUACUUCACCUCCUCUGACGAGGAUUUAAUAAAGCACAUUUUGGCCGAUGGACAAAACUUCUUCCCUGAGGCCGAUGAAAGUGAAAUGGCAGAUCUAUCAAGCAUCUUUGGAGACAAAACUGAAGUCAUCCUUCUCCAGAAAUUUCACGAGCCUCUUCCUCUUGAGACAGUGAGAAGAGAUCCACCAAAAACGGCGUUUAUGUCUAACACAGUGGUGACAGAUGUGUGUCGUCCGCGACGCUUCCCUCCCUGGUGUGGGCGUGCUGCUCUGUGGGGCAGCUGGGCAGGACUCGCUCUGGCAAACUUCAUCUCUAUCUGGGCAGGACGCGGCUUUGGGCAGCAAGUGGCCAUGAUGUGGCUCAUCUCGUGCUUUUCCAGCGUCCUGUGCUCCUGCCUGCUGCUGGAACCAAUGAAGGUGAUCUGUGAGGCGCUGUACUUCGCCGUGUGUGUGCGGCGGCUGCGGCCGGAGGACCAGGACGUGUUGGUGGAGUUCCCACGCGUGGAGAGGGUGGUGCAGAGGGUCCACAGAGUGCGGCCCCCCCAGGGCUUCGCUUUGUCCCAGGCCCGACAACAGGCGCGCAAAGUCUACAUGCUGCACACCAUGCUCAAGAACUUCCUGGUUUACAUGUUUUUUCUGCUGGUGGUGAUUCUUCUGAAUUACUCAGACUCGGCCAAAGACACGCACAGCUUGAGACUUCGCACUCAGCUCCAACAAGCGCUGCACACACCGGAAUAUCACAAAAUCACCCGUCGUGUUGAUGUGGUGAAGUGGCUGAAUGGAUCUUUGUUGCCACGGCUACUGGAUGACUCAAGACUUCUUCAAGAUACAGGAAGUGUGUUGCUUGGUACCAUAAGAUUUCAACAAGUUCGUGAUGCACAAGAACAAAUGAAUGUCCUGGAUCAUGCUUCAGUGACGUCGCCAACAGUGAAAAGGCAUCUGCGUUUUGGGAAAUCGAGAGCUUUGGAGAGUGGAGUUGUUGUUCAUCAGCUCAACCGAAGUCUGGGAGAAGCUGUUUCAUCUUUAGAGAUUCUACAACGACAACAAUGGCUCGACCACAGGACCAGGGCAGUUGUGGUGGAGUUUCCUCUGUACAACAUCAACACAAACCUCGUGGCUGUUUUCUCCUUCGUCUUCACCUUCCCUGUUUCUGAGCGCGCUCAGUGCAGCCUCCAUCUCCUCGUCACAAGUCUCUGGCCAAUCACCGGACUGGAUCUGCCACUGCUUCUAACGAUGGUCCUCUUUGUCCUGGUCAUGUACUUCCUGGUUCGGGGCAUCCUGGGAUACCUCCAUCAGGGCUACACUUAUUUGCUUUCGUCCUGGAGGCUAAUGGGAAUGUGUAAACUGGCUCUGGCGCUGUGUGUGUGCGGGCUUCACCUCAGCCGCUGCGUCGCGGCAAAGCAGCGAUGGACCUUCUACCUGCGGCACCCUCGCGACGCAUUCAUCGACUUCUGCUCCGUGGCCAAACAGAGCCAGCUGUUCGCCGUCACGGCCGCGCUGCUGCUGUUUGUGCUGGUGCUCAAGGCGUCACAUCAGCUGCGGUUCCUGCGGGAGUGGGCCGUGUUUGGUCGGACGCUGAGGCGCUCAGGCUGGGAGCUGCUGAGUCUGGCUCUGGCUCUGCUGGUUCUGCUCUUGACCUACGCUCACACAGGACACCUGCUGUUCCACUCGGUGUUCGAAGGUUACCGCAGUGUGAGCUCCGCCUGCUUGUCCCUGCUGGGCACUGGGGGCAGAGGGCUGUUGUACUGGAGCCCUGUUUCGGCCAUGAACGUCCCUUCUGGAAGCAUCUGCACCCUGGUGUUCCACAGCAGCUUCGCUCUGCUGCGCCUCCUGGUGGUGUGGUUUGUGAUCGCGGUGUUGUUGAGGAACUACAGGCGUGCGCGGGCAGAGCUGUACCGGCCCGCGGUGGACCUCCAGGACUACGAGAUGGUGGAGCUGUUUCUGCGGAGGCUGAAGAUGUGGAUGGGACUCAGCAGGGCCAAAGAGUUCCGGCAUAAAGUGCGCUUCGAGGGCAUGGAUCUGCCCCCAUCCCGCUCCUCCUCCACCAGCGACUGUCGGUCCCUGUGCCUCCCCCCUCUAGACCGGCCAGACUCCCCCUCCAGUCCGGACAGUGUGGACGGGGGCUCUGAGGCGUCAUGGCGGCCGUCCUCCUCCAGCCCCUGCAGCCUGACCGAAGCCCCCGGAGCCACUCUGGGCCUGGGCUUAGGACUGUCCCCCGGGGUGAUGGUGGGAGGCAUGAGCUGGAAGGAGAAGGCUGAGACGGAAGCAGCUCUGGGGAGGGUCCUGCCCACUCUGGACGCUCUGUUGCAGCAGCUGGACCGCGUCACGAUGGCAACGGAGGACUUGUACUACGUGGAGUGUAAGCUGGAGAAAGCUCAGCGGAAACGCAGGAAGCUCAGGGGGGAGACGAGCAGACUUUUAAGGGCGCAGGGAGAGGACUCGGGUAAGGGGAAAGAUAAAAAAACUGAAAAAACAAAACAGAAAAGUAAAAAAGGGAAGAAGGGAGAUAAAAGUGAGAUGAAAGAAGCCAAAAAGACUGUUGUUGCCACGCCCGUGCCUUUUCUCAAAUCCAAAACUUUAAACAAACUCACAACCACUCCUUCGCUAUCGUCGAGAGCCCACGCUCUCACCCCAGCCCCGAGCACCCCAGGGCCCUCCACCUGCGCCUCCACGCCCACCCAGUCUGGCCCCUCCUGCUCCAGCCUGUUCAACCACCCGGCCCACACCACCACCAUGCCCACACGCAAGAGCAAGCGCAAGCCUCCUCCGCUGAAAAACAAGGUGCACCCGAACAUGGACAAGACCUGA